GAAGUGGUACGCAGCAUGCAGCGGCAGCAUGGAGUCAUCUGUGGUGGCAGGCCCGCCCCCUGCACCGCCACUACUAGGGAGGGAAGAGAAGUUUGCAACCCCCUCGUCACAAAGGAAGAUGUUGCUGAUGAGGAAAUGGCAGAAAAAUUGUCUAUUCGAAAACAACGCUUUAUGCAUUUUGCAUCAUUGGAGUAUAAUGGAGAAUAUUACAUGACACCAAGGGACUUCCUGUUCUCAGUGAUGUUUGAUCAAGUUGGGCGUAAAACUUCAGCCAAGAAACUGACAAAAAGGGAGGUAGAUGCUGCACUGGCAUGUGUUACAAAAGCUAAACCAGGACCAACCUUUUUUAGAGACCUUGGCGAUAAAGGACUGAUCUCAUAUACGGAGUACCUGUUUUUGCUGACAAUCCUCACAAAACCACAGUCUGGAUUUCAUAUUGCGUUUAAAAUGCUGGAUACUGAUGGCAAUAAACAUGUAGAGAAGAAGGAAUUCUUUAAGCUACAGAAAAUCAUUGGAAAGCAUGACGACUUCAAAACAGCUGCUGGAGAUGAAGCAGUAUUGCAGGAGCCAGAGCUGGGAGACUCAGAUGUUAAUACAAUGUUGCUGGUACACUUCUUUGGAAAAGCAGGAAAGGACAAACUUCGCUAUUCUGAAUUUUGCAGAUUUAUGGAAAAUUUACAAACAGAAGUGCAAGAAAUGGAAUUCAUACAGUUUUCAAAAGGCAUGAACUUCAUGAGAAAAGAGGACUUUGCAGAAUGGUUACUAUGUUUCACUCAUGAGGAAAACAAUGAAAUUUACUGGCAUAAUGUGAAAGAGAGGAUCCAGGCAGGAGAGAAUAUCAGUUUGGAAGAAUUCAAGACUUUUUGCAAGUUUACAAACCAUUUGGAAGACUUUUCUAUUGCAAUGCAAAUGUUUACAGUAGCCAGUCGUCCUGUUAAACGGGCUGAGUUUAAGAGAGCUGUGAAAGUGGCAACAGGACAGGAGCUCUCUGAUAAUGUUUUGGACACUGUUUUCAAGAUAUUUGAUUUGGAUGGAGAUGAUUGCCUUAGCCAUGGCGAGUUUCUGGGAGUUCUGAAGAACAGGAUGCAUCGAGGCUUAAGGGUACCACAACAGCAAGGUGUGCAAGGAUACUGGAAAUGUGUGAAAAGAGAAAGCAUUAAAGGAGCAAAAGAAGUCUGGAAACAAACUGGGAGAAGUCCUUUUUAAAGAGAGAUCUUUGUUCUAUUGCUAUAAAUUUUGGGGUUUUUGCAUACAUUGUUUACAUACUGGCUAAAUCAUAAUUUUUAUGCAAUUUAAAUAUUUAAGCAGUCCAAUAUUUGAUGCGGUAAUCUUACAGUAUUUUUUUGAAUAAUCAGAUUUGAUUCUGUUAGCACUUCUGACUUCCAUACAAAAAGAUGGUAAUUCCAGGAAAAGCUGAAGUUUACAAAAAUGGGCAUCGUCAAAAUUCCUGUGUGGAACCUGACUCCGUAUUCUAGCUUAGGGGCAUCUGAGUUAGUACUGGUCACUUGAUGAUUGGGCUGAACACAUAAUGUCUUAGUCAGAGGUAGGAAGGUCUUCUCACUCAGCCAAACUAUGGCAAUGUUGGCCAAUCAGAAUGUAGGCAGCCCUUUCCCCUUACAAGGAUUAGAGUAACAACAGCUCAAUCUUAUCCAUGCAGUCUCUCUGAGACCACAGUGUUGGUACUGCAAAGAAAGCUCAGCCAUAUUGUUUAGUGUGUUGUCACAAUUGCUUGUAUGUUUGGUGCUGGUAAUGAAUAAAUGUACUUUGUAUGCUGUCAUGGUAAUAGAAUGUAGAGAUCUUAAUCCAAACUGGAAAUAUUAGACUGUUUGUACAGACCUUGAAAUCUGUAAGCUGGUUUGUGAAAGUGCUUUAGACUCUUUAUGGUUUCCUCAUCAAAUAGAAUAAAUUAGAAAAUUAGGAGCAAAGACCCUCAGUUGAACAUUGUAUCCCAAAUUGCUUAUGAUAGUCAUUAAUCAUUUGGCUUGAAUCAAAACUCAAAGGGUAAAUGUUUAACUAGGAGAGUGUUACCUUUGUUCUGUCUGCUUCCUAUAGUUAUUUAAACAGUUUCUUAACAAAGGUGUGAUAGGAGGCCUACAAUAUCUCAGGAUCCCAAAGUACCAGAGCAAAAUAAGUCCAGAGGGAGAUAAAAUUAAAAUGUAAGUCUUGAAUACAGAACAUACAUUUAUAUUGUUGCUGUGUAUUUGCUGUAGUUGCUGUGUAUCAAGCAUACAUGUAUGUGUACAAAUGCAAAACUGUGUAAAAUUUCCUUUGGGUAACAGUGGGCUCCUGGAGCUCUGAGGCAGGGUCAGCCAGGAAGGAAAGCAGGAAAAUAGCCCUGUUUGUAAAGGUCCCUGGGCUGCUUGUCCCAUUUUCUAGUUUGCUCAGGCCAGUGUAGAAAGUUUAGCCUUUCAGAAUGCCAAUCUAGCCUUCCUUGUGAAACCAUCUAAAAAAAA